CUCAUUGUGGGGAAGACGGUGUUUGAACAACGGAAAUUCAGAGGUCGCUUAUGUAAGGUUAUCAAAAUUCGAAAAGGGACCUUGACCUUUACAUUCGAAACAAAAGUGAACAUGCUCCGAUUAACAAGAUGUGCUUACCUGAGAUCUCAGUUGUUCAAGGCCGUCAGAAAUUUCUCGACAUCUGAAGGUUCCAUAAAAGAUGGUUGGGAAGCUGUUAUUGGUAUAGAGGUGCAUGCACAAUUAAAUACAAAAACAAAAUUAUUUUCAGAUUCGUCAACUUCGUAUAAUGAACAUGUCAAUACUCACGUAUCCGCAAUUGAUGCAGCCUUUCCAGGAGUCCAGCCUAGGCUGAAUAUCCACGCAGUGGAACAAGCUGUAAAAGCGGCUCUCAGCUUACAAGGGCAAAUACAAAAGCGAUCAACUUUUGAACGGAAACAUUACUAUUAUCCUGAUUUACCGCAAGGUUAUCAAAUCACACAACAACGAGAACCGAUUUCACGGGGAGGAUUCAUACAGCUUACAGAACUUGAUGGUGCAAAGAUACCGGCCAAAAUCGGUAUACACCAAAUUCAAAUUGAGCAAGAUACUGGCAAAAGUAUCCACGAUAUGCGACCAGGAGAAUCACUGCUAGAUUUAAAUAGAGCAGGUAUAGGAUUGAUCGAAAUUGUCAGUAAGCCUGAUAUAAGAUCGUCGUACGAAGCGGGAUUAUACGUCAAAAAGCUCCAACAAUUGCUUCAGUGGGUCGAUGUAUCCAAAGCAAAUCUAGAAGAAGGGUCAAUGCGCUGUGAUGUUAAUGUAUCUGUAAGAAAACAGGGUGACAGUCAAUUUGGCACCCGUUGUGAGUUGAAGAAUUUAAAUCGAAUUCGUAUUCUGUCAGCAGCUAUUGAUGCAGAAGUGACUAGGCAAAUUGAAUUGCUCGAAAAUGGAAUACCAGUACAUGUAGAAACUAGACGAUAUGAUGAACUUCGGAAUACAACUUACAAGCUUAGAGAUAAAGAGUCAGCUCCAGAUUACAGAUUCAUGCCUGAACCUGAUCUUCCUCCAUUAUUGCUAUCAGAAGAUUUUAUAGACCGUAUUGCCAAUUCUUUACCUGAGCUACCUGAUGUUUCUUUGGAUAGAAUUAUGAAACAGUACAAUCUUAGCUUGUUUAAUGCAAACCUUCUAUUACACGAAUACAAAUGCCUGGAUUAUUUCGAAAGAGUUUGUGAGGGGAGAGACCCAAAUACAGUAACAAAAUGGAUGCUCAAUGAGUUGUCAGGAGCCUUGGCAGCAAAAGAUAAAACAUUCAAAGACAACCCAAUUUCUUCAAAGCGUUUUGGAGGCUUGCUUGACCUUUUGGAAAAAGGAACCACUACAGUAAAUAAGGGCAAGCUAUUGCUUAAAUUGAUGCUAGAUGACCCUUCAGAACCAUUGGAUAUAGUGAGGAAGAAUGGAUGGCUUACAAUGUCUGAUUCAGCACAAUUGGAGAGUAUUUGCAAAGAUAUUGUAGAAAAGAAUGCCGAUAAGGUGAAUUAGUAAACCAUCAUAUAAACAUGUUUAUGUGCCCUUCUAAUGAAAGACAACUGAAUCUGUUAGGCCAAGGCGUUGAAAAACGGUAACUUGAAGUUGUUCAAGUGGUUCAUUGGGAAGGCUAUGGGCCAUACAAAAGGAAUGGCAGACCCUGUAGCACUUAACCAGUCAUUAAGUCGAUCACUCGGUUAUAAAUCUUACGACGAUUUGGCUGCUGCUGUUGCUGACGUUGGUCAACAGUCAAUUAAACAUGCAGAAAAGAAGGGGGAUAAAUAGACUUUAACGAUUAUGCUACGAUUUGACAAUGAACAUAUACUUUAAGUAAAUCAUACGAAUCACUAAUAAAAUACCCAAUGUAUACAUCUCUUAUGACUAUUAAGCAGCAUACAAAGCUCCUUUCUGGAUAUUAUUUG